AUGACUGAAUCAGCACAAAGCGACGACGGCGUGCACUGCGCCUUCUUCUAUGGCACCCUAAUGGUCCCCGAAGUCUUCUACACAGUCUGCUACAACACCAAAACGGUUCCCGACGCCAUCGCUGCUCAGCACACCUUCACUCCGGCGAUCCUGCCUGGGUACUGCCGGCGCCGCAUCAAGUGGGCCGACUACCCGGGCAUCACCGAGGACGCGGACCACACCGUCUUGGGCAUCUUCGCCACGGGUCUGACACGGGCCAAUAUGGGCAAGCUGGAUCACUUUGAGGGAGCCGAAUACGAGCGCAGGACGGUAAAAGUAAAACUGCUGGAGAAGGUGGGCGACGUCAAGACCGGGGAGGGUAACGUGGAGGCCGCCGGCGGUGAAAGGGAGGCGGAGGUCUACGUCUUCAUGCCGACGCAGCACUUGGAGGAGAAGGAGUGGGAUUUGGAGGAGUUCAGGAAGGAGAAGCUGAAGCUGUGGACGAGGGCUGAUCUUAUCUUUGCUGAUUGCGAUCCUGAUAAACCUGCUACAUUGGCCUCAGCUGUAUGA